UCCAUCGUGAUACUUCGAACGGUAACAAACUAGUCGUCGUCGUUUCGUCGGGAAUAACGGAUAUUGAGUGCCCGUUUUAUAACAGUUCAUUCUAAAUAAUCAAACAUAUUUUGUGCAGAAAAAGAAAAAAGUUAUUGUGAGUGAAGUGCUUUAGAAAAAAAAAUCUAGACCCCCCAAAACCUAUUAACCAAAAGUCCUUAAAAUGGGCUGAUAAAAAAUUAUUGUCUGCUACUUCUCCGCCCCUUUGAAUGCAAAGUUCUUGUUCAUAAGAGGUUUCCUUGUUUUCCUGAGAGUUUGAAGUUUUAUUUUAACAACUGUUUUUUAAAAGGAACCACUCCUUUCGGAUUACCAUCAUAAGAUUGUUAGGAAAAUUAAAGGAUAACUCCACUCCUACAUCAGAAAUAAGGAUACGAUUUGCUGCACUACACAUUACACGCCAAAAAGGAUUAGCACAUUGCCAAGAUACAAGACAUUCAAUGCCAACAAAGGCCGCAGGGAGCCUCCGCAGCACGUUGCCUGCCAUCAAUAAUGGCGGCAAUGACGAGGAUCUUGCAGAUCAAUAUUUUAUAAUAAUGGCCAGGCUAGUUGCUGGUCAUAUAAAUGAUACAGUGGCUUUUGAGAAGUACAACAGGCCAAUAAUGAAGUCAAGCAUCAAGUCGAUUUAUUGGAUCUUUUUGUUGCAAUAUGCGAUUCUGGCGAUUUUGGGUAUCGUGAUGAAUGUUUCGAUUAUUGCUUACGUAAUGUACCAUAAACUUUACAAGGAUGUCACGCAUGCGUUUAUAACAAAUUUGGCACUGUGUCAUUUUGUGCAGUGUGCAAUUGUGCUGCCAAUUUCGCUGACAGUGAUGAUGAUUCAGAACUGGGUGUUUGGGAACUUUUUGUGUUUUUUCCUGCCAAUGCUACAGGAUAUACCCUUGCAUGUGGCCAUGAUUUCACACAUCCUCAUUGCUUGGGACAGGAUGAGAUGGCUGAGUGAUCCAAUGCGAGGUCGUUUGCCAGCUUUCGUUUGUUGUUGUGCAACAUGGCUUACGGGAAUGGUUAUAGCUUUACCAUAUCCAAUUUACAUCAUGUACGUUGAGCUUGGGGACUAUUCAAUUCAUUUGAAAGGCAGUGGACUUUGCGUGAUCAAUUUAAUGGAUGACAUGCAUGAGUACAUGCGAGGACUUUUUGUGUUGAUGUAUUGUGGGCCAACGAUUCUUUUGGCAUAUCUGUACAUAAGAACAUCACAAGAAUUAAGGCCACCAGAUGGGCCAUUUGCUGUUAUGAUGUUUGAACAUCGGGCUGACCUACGAUUCCGUCAGAGAAACUCAUCAACAAAUUCAUCAGUAGAACGAAUUCCUGGCCGAACUGCACCUUCAAGACCUUUGGAUAUUAAAGGUUCAUCAGCAACGAGGUCAUAUGACUUGUAUAAUGCUGAAAUGGAUAUUUGUCGAGAGAAGAGGAAACAGAGAAAUCUUGGUUCGAUGGCAGCUGCCCAGGUUGUUUGCUUGUGUCCACUUAUGAUCCUUCGGUUAGCACGAAUGGUUAUGGAGGAAACCUACGAGAAUGCUAAACAUUUUGAUAUCACUUUUCUAAUGUUUGUUUGGAUUGCUUUUCUGCCUACAGUUAUAUUCCCAGGAAUUUAUGCUUCACAGAUUUUACCAAGAAACGAACAGAAACGUCUUCGUGGCUACCUUCGUUUGUCAACGAGACAUUUCAGAAAAUCCCGCCAAGACAGUCAAGAGGAAUCUAUUGAAAAGGACGACAACACCACCACCACCCAGACCACAACAAUAAUCCAAAACGGUAGUUGUAUUGGCAACAAUGACGGUGACACCAAACAGAAACAUUACAGUCGCAGUGACUCAUCAGUGAUUGAAUCCAAGGAUCCGAUUGCCAGCAGUGCAGAAACUAUUAAAAUAAAUGUCAUCGGUGGUGAUGGCGGCAGCGGCGGCAUGAAGAAAACCAACUCUCGCAAUAAUGGCUUCGUCACAGGAACCGGAAUCCACUCGAAGAUGGCCAAGUCGGCAUCCAGUCGUAAGGUAAGUAAUGGUCUUCGGAUGGCCAGUGCAGGCAGUCGCAGGGGGAAGAACUCAAUCGACUCAAUUGAUAAUUCAUGUUCCAACAUAACGGCAAGCACGUUUUGCAAUAACAGCGUGCUCAACGACACCGGGAGCGGCUAUGAUGGUGAGACUUCAUCCAUUGUGAGUGGCACGAUUGGCACAAUCGACAAGGAUAUCUACUUUCAGAAGAAAUGGGAGAGUGUAAACGGGGUGUUGCGACGGCACAAGGACUCGUCCUUCUCCGAUUGUGGUUCAUUCUCACGAAUGGACUCGUCGAGUACCUUGAAUCGAGAUUUAGAAAUCAUCGAUUUGUUGGAGCGUGAGCGCAGCAUGGACAUCCAAGACAUGAUGGAGCGUGAGAAACGCGAUGAAACCAUGCGGCUAAUAAGCGGCAGCAUUAGCGGUAGCAGUGAAAGACGUCGCUUGCCCGACCUGGAGAAAAUAUGCAAGUCACCCAAACUUAAGAUCGAUGCAUAUUCCUAUGAGAAAAUUGCUUCGUCAAAUGCAACGACACCCAAAGAAGUUCCCAUCACAGCAGAUGCCAAGAGUUCUAUCGACGGAGGCGAUGAGUUCGAUUUGGUUAAGCCCUCUGACUUUUUCAACGAAGAAUAUCAAGCAAUGCCAAUUGCUGCAGUGCCCACUUCCCAUUACCAUCACUCGAGGCGGACGAGUCGCAGGAGCAACCACUCCAACCGCUCCAAGAGAGACAGCUUUAAUUCCCUCAAUAACGACCUGAUGGCAGGUGCAUUUGCCGAACUGGACCCAACUCAACCAUUGAAUAAAAUGUCUGUGAUAGAAAGCCGGAUGCGUCGAAGUAGUGGCCGCACAUCGAGCAUUUCAUCUUCGGGAAGGAGCUCUCUCAAGUCCAGAGACCACCAGCCGCAGCACUCACAUCCUGACUUGGACUUCAGAGAGAAUAUAUUCGCGGAACUGUAAGAAGAGUGGUGGUUUUAAUUUUUGAGCGAAUUUUAAAUUUUUAUUUGCGGCUUAAGUUUGAAUAGGACGAAAAACUAGAUCGUAGUUUUAUAUUUGAAUGAACUUUUUCUAAAAUUCACGAACGUUUGACUAAUGCUAAGGCUAAGUAUAAAGCUGUUUUUGUAAUAUGACACAUAUUUUUACACAAUAAAAUUACUACAUGAAUGAAAAAUAAAAACGAAACAAAAUAUUUUUUUACAUUUUUCAAAAGAGAAAAACAAAAAACCCUACUGGUAAAACUUUUUGUAUUAAAACAAAUUUAAAAAAAAAGUAUGACAUUAAAUAAUAAUAUUUUAAAUUGAUAAAAUUUAAACAUAAAUUUUAUUCAAAGUUGAUACAUAAAGUAAUAUAUUUGUCAUUGGUAUGUGUUUGUAUUUUGCAUAAAAUAUAAAUAUCAUAGCACUCUUGCAAUUGUUGUUUGUAAAUUAUUAAACUAAUAUAAAAAUUUGUGAAUAAUAUUGUUUAAAUUUAUGAACAACAAACGUUCAACAUAAAUAUAAAUGAUAAUGUUUUAUAGAAAUAAAACAAAAUAUAUAUGAAAAAAUGUUAUUUAAGGUGCAUAAUUUAAUUUGAUAAGCUAAGCGUUUUUUACUGUGCCAAUAAAAUAUAUAUGUAUAAAAGAAAAGUUGCAUUCUCGCAAUUAUAAUCAAUUUCUAAUAUAAAUAAUUUACAUACUGAAAAAGAGAUUUAUUAAGAAAAAUGAUCUAAUAACGUUUUUAAUAAAUGUCAGUUUACGAACGUAAAAAAUAACGAAGUAUUCAAAACAAAUAAGAAAAUAUUUAAAUAUAGUUCUUACGGGCCCCAGAAUUAAUAUAAAUAUAGCUUAAAUGUUUAAUUAACUACAUUAUAAAAAAAAUUUAAAAAUGUUGGAUCAAUAUAAAAUGAAAUACAAAUAAUUCUGUUUAACUAAUAAAAGAAA